AUGCGGCGAUUUGCCUUCGCCGGUGCGUCGGCGUGUCUCUGUUGCAGUCCGGCUCUGCGCGCGCCAUCGGCAUCAUCAUCAUCAUCGCUGCCGCUCUCUUCGUCGUUGCGCUCAGAAUUUGGUACCCACAGCGGACAUCUUGUCAUGUCGCGUCGAUUCAAAGCCAGCUACAUCCGCGUGGCAAACCGCAAGCGUGUCGAGAUGUUCCUUGCUAAGCGAUUUCACCUUCCGACGCGACUAAAGACGGCCGCACCGGAGAUUGCGGCGGAGUGGGAUCACGAAAAGAAUCCAAUGCAUCUUUACCCGGAAAUUGUCGGCAUCGGCCAUGUGACCCCUGUCUGGUGGAGGUGCGUUGCGUGUCAACAUUCCUUUUUGAUGAGCGUUGAAAAACGUGUUGUGCGUGGGGGUGGCUGCCCAGCCUGCGCGGCCGCCAAGGCAGCGGGCGGUGGGCGUGAGGAAGAGAGCACGCUGGAAGGGGAGCGGAAUCCGGAUCUUCGACCCAAGAGGCCAGUGAUGUUUAACUUGCGAACAAAGUACUGA